CGCCCUCUAGCGUCCCACACGUAAUCAAACACGCGCCAUGAAGAGGACUGAACAGGUCAGGCACGGCAUGAUGGCGAGCGAGAAGGGGAAGAUAAGUUUCUCCUCAUGGAGGUAUUUACAUUAUUUUCAACUGGAGAGCAGAGGGAAAAACAACAUUUCGUUAACUUGUAGACUGUGUCCCGGUUCAAAAAUACUUUCUACGGCGAACAACAGCAACAGCUUAAGCACCUGGACAAGCGGCGUGCUUCGACAAAGUUAGCAGCUAAGCUAGCUAACGCAGCAUCCGAGACCGAGUCACAGCAGCGAGCACACACCCACUCCACCCAAGCAGCAGCGGUUGGAGUUCGAAAGAGAGACUCAUAGCCAGGCACAAGUUGAUAAAACAAUAACACGACAUGUAGUGGAAAACAUGCUACCCAUCUCCACAGUGGAGGACCCUGCUUUCAGACAGAUCAUCAGCAUGAUGCCGUGCACAGCAUCUGUGCACCAUGGAGAGAUCUGCUGUGAUGUCGGGCCGCAGGAGUCCGCCACUUCCAGACUAUAACAUUUCAACCUCCACCUUGGCAUUUGACCAGCAUUUCACCACAAACGCCACAGGAAUUCUUCUCCUGGCUGAAAUAGUGUGUGGUAUGUUAGUGUGGAUUCUCGUUGGGGGAACGGAUUAUUUUCAUGUGUCUGCUCUUUGCUGGGUGAUGUUUGUUGCCGUCUCGUGCUGGAUUCUCACUUUGUGUCUGUUUGUAAUUUAUCUCACUGGAGCUCACAAAAGGGCUCCACACGUCCCCUGGACUACACUGUCACUGUGUUUGAACUGCAGCGCUGCAGCUCUCUAUCUGGUGGCAGCAGUUGUGGACUCUGUGUCAGUCAACCAGGCCAUUAGGGGGCGACACAACUACAACUGCUGGGCAGCAUCUGCAUUCUUUGCCUUUGUGACCACAUUGUGCUACGCAGGAAGCAGUUACCUGAGUUACCGUGCCUGGAAAUUCACAGAGGACGUGCAGUAGUCUCUUAACCUCCAUGGUCCACAGCUGCAUGGUUCCAUGUUUAAACUAUGGGAGGACACAGCAACGGAUCAACCUUCAUACAACUGGUGUAGAGACUGUUGUCAAGGUGGUAUAUCACUGUUGUUUUCAUAUUGUUAACACAACACCCAUAAAUCAGUUCAAAAACUGGACACUCUCAAAAUGUUUCUGUAGUUGUAGGAAAUUAUUGCUUUAUUUCUGUCUAGAGUGCACAGUUUGUUUGUUACUUUAUACAUUUGAUAUGUUUAUCUAUUGUUACUAUAUUAAUAACCUUUUAAAUCACUGUUUGUUCCGUAGUUUUGACGCACUGUGGGUGUGAUAUUAUCCAAUUAAAUGACACAUGUUUACAUCA